CUGCGUAUCCGGGUCGCGGCGCGCCGAUGUCCCGCUCUUUGGGUCCCGUCGGCGCUGCUGUUAUUUAUUUAAUGCCGGGAUUAACGGCGCGCAGCCCGGCCUGGUCCGCAGCUCAGCCCCGGAGCGCCGUCGCUUCUCUCCCCGCCGCGGCUGGGCCCGGCUAGGCGGCGAUCGGGGAGGGUCGGUGUGUGUUUUUGAAGGGAAAAAAAUCCGUCGGUCGAUAAUAAUAAUCAUCAUCAUCGAGAGAGAGUGAGAGAGAGGCGGUUGGGGAUGAAGAAAUUCUUCGACUCGCGGCGGGAGGCGGCGGGCUCGGGUGGCGGCGGCGGCGGCAGCAGCGGCGGCGGCGGCGGCUCCGGCUCCUGCCCCGGCAGCGGCUUCAUCGGCCGCGUCUUCUGCGUGGGCCGGCAGCAUGUCACGGUGGAGGAGGUGGUGGCUGAAGGUGGUUUUGCCAUAGUAUUCCUGGUGAAGACUCACAAUGGUGUUAAAAGUGCACUGAAAAGAAUGUAUGUUAACAAUGAACAUGACCUGCAGGUGUGCAAGAGAGAAAUUCAGAUAAUGAGGGACCUGACGGGGCAUAAGAACAUUGUUGGGUAUAUCGAUUCCAGCACAACGGCUGUAGGCUCUGGAGAAGUCUGGGAAGUGCUGAUCCUCAUGGAUUUUUGUCGAGGAGGUCAAGUUGUGAACCUGAUGAACCAGCGGCUACAAACAGGAUUCACUGAGAAUGAGGUGUUGCAGAUAUUUUGCGAUACAUGUGAAGCAGUCGCAAGGUUGCAUCAGUGCAAGACCCCCAUAAUUCACCGAGAUCUAAAGGUUGAAAAUAUAUUGCUUCAUGACAAAGGGCACUAUGUUCUCUGUGAUUUUGGAAGUGCAACCAAUAAAUUCCAGAAUCCACAGGUCGAAGGAGUCAACAUUGUAGAAGAUGAAAUUAAAAAGUACACAACUCUGUCCUACCGAGCUCCUGAAAUGGUAAACCUUUACUGUGGCAAAGCUAUCACCACAAAAGCUGAUGUAUGGGCACUUGGAUGUUUAUUGUACAAACUCUGCUUUUUUACACUGCCAUUUGGAGAAAGCCAGGUUGCAAUCUGUGAUGGAAACUUCACAAUCCCAGAUAACUCCAAGUACUCCAGCGACAUGCACUGCCUAAUAAGAUUCAUGCUUGAACCAGACCCUGACAAGAGGCCAGAUAUUUAUCAGGUGUCCCACUUUGCUUUUAAACAAAUUAGGAAGGAAUGCCCUGUUCAGAACGCUGGUAACUCACCCAUUCCAGCAAAGCUUGUUGAGCCAGUGAAAGCCAGUGAAGCGGCUGCUAAGAAGACACAGCCCAAGGCGAGGCUUACAGACCCAACUCCUCCCACUGAGACCUCAAUAGCUCCUCGCCAAAGGCCCAAAGCUGGGCAGGCUCCAGCCAACCCAGGGAUGCUACCGAUUCAGCCCUCACUGACACCACGAAAGAGGCCGUCUGCUCAGGCAGUUGUACCACCAGCAGGUAUUGUACUUGGCACGGCUCAUAAUAACCAACCCCCUGGCCUGCAACCAGCCCUGCAACAAUCAAAACCUCAGCUACAACAACCACAACUGUUGCUGCAGAAAAAGCAGACACAGGCAGUGGCACUGCAGAAACAGGCACAGGCACAACCUCAGCCGCAAGCAACUGCGCAGCAGAAGCUGCCUCAAGCAACAGUGCAGCCUCCUCCAGUCACGCAACAAACUCCAGUGCAACCACAGCUCUUCCUCCAGCAAUCACAGCUUCUACAGCAGCAGCAAUACCAGCAGCAACAGCAGCAGCAGCAGAUAAUGGUGCAGCAGUACCACGCGAUACAGCAAGGCCAGCAACAAGUAAUGCAACAUCAGAUGAUGCAGAAUUUCUAUCUCCAGCAACACCAGCUUUCCACAGCCAUGCAGCAGAUGCAGUUUGCGAGCCAGCACCCUGCUAAUGUCCAGCCGCAGCUGACUGCAGCACACACACAAUUGCCCCUUCCGCAGCAACAUGCUGCAGGUGCACAAGCAGCCUCUCAGGAACAGGGAAUGACCCAGGUUCCACUGCCGCAGCCACCGCCUCCACCACCACCGCCGCAGGUGGCACCAAACCCGUCUCCAAAACUGGUGCCGGUGUCUGUGACUCCUCCGUUGUCCCCCAAGACUCAGCGUGCAGGGCACAGGAGGAUUCUGAGCGAUGUCACGUACAGUGCAGUAUUUGGAGUUCCAGUCAGUAAAUCAACCCAGCUGCUGGCUGCUGCUGCUGCAGAGGCUGGUUUAAACAAAUCCAAGUCAGCAACCACCACUCCCUCAGGCUCUCCUAGGACUUCCCAACAAAAUGUGUACAAUCCUCCUGAUGUUUCUACAUGGAACCCAUUUGCUGAUGACAAUUUCUCCAAGCUUACUGCAGAGGAACUACUCAACAAGGACUUUGAAAAGCUCAAAGAGAGCAAGGUUGAGAAGACUGAUGCAGCCACUGAGAGUCUUAUGCCAGGGCUUCCAGCUACGCAGGUGCAGGUGCAGGCAGAUGCUUUUGGAAUAGAUCCCUUUUCCUCUGGGACAGCUGAAAAGUCUUCAGAACUACUGGUUCCAGAUGCUGCCAUUCCGCCAAUUAACGCGCCCGAUCCAUUCACUCCUGUACCAUCAUCUGACCCGCCAGAAAAGCUCAUAGAGGGUCUGAAGUCCCCUGAGACUUCCUUUCUGCUUCCUGACCUUCUAUCUCUUGCUGACCCCUUUGGGAGUAAUGAGGAUAAUAUCAAUGGAAAUGCUGAGGUAGUGGUGGGAAAUCUCAUACCUGGAUUUGAGUCUACAAAGACUCAGCAACUGGCACCACUGCAAGUGGAAGCUUUGGGUGCCGUGGCCGUUAUAAACUCCUCAGACUCUCUCACUGGAGAGGACUCCAUUCUUGACUACUCUCUCCUCUCUAACCCGGUGACUGAAAUUAUUGAUGAAUUUUCUCCUGUAGUUCCAUCUGGGCAGGUUAAGCAAGAGGAUACUAACCUCAUCUCAGACUUUGAUCUUUCUAUUAAAAAUGACAAAGUGGAAGAUGAUGAAUUUGACCCCAUUCCUGUGUUGUCAAAAAAUUCACAAGGUGGCCAUUCUAGAAACAACAGUGGGAGCUCUGAAUCCAGUCUUCCCAACUUAGCUAGGUCUUUACUGCUUGUGGAUCAACUGAUAGACCUGUAGGAUGGCCCAGCAAGCACGUUAAAUUCAGCAGCCCUCUGCACCGCCAUUUGCAUCUCCCUCUGGAUUGUCCAUGCAAUCUGUGACAAGGUUUCAUUGACUGAGGAAAUAGGUUGCAUUUUCAUUUUGCUAUCUUGCCAUUGUGUCCUGUCUAAUAAGCAUGACCUUUCUGACAUUUUCUUUCAUCUUUGAAAUUGAUAUAAUUUUGCCAUUUUAGCAAAAGUACGGUCAUAUUGAUUAUUAAGAUUGUGUCCUUUUCAAAGUAAAUUCUGCAAAAUCCUAGAAAGGGUAGAUAGGCAUUAAUUAAUUUAACAGAAUUCAGUGUACAAAACUGAAACAAUAGUGCAUUAUGUCCUGAUCCCAACUUUUAAACAAACUUGGUUUUGCUUUUUCAUACCGUUAAAUUAUUUAUUUUCAUGGAAAAAUUAGUGGGGUAUUUACUAGCAAAAUCAAUAGAUCUUUUUGGAAUGCUUUCUCUUAACAGGUCAAGUCAAUGACGGUAUUGUUGGAUACAGGAAUGUCAUUUAUAUGGUUUCUGUAUCGAACUGCAAGUUUUGAACAGUACAUGUCGAAAACUAACAGUGUUAGAGUGAGUGAUUGAUGUACAAUUACUAAUGUCAGUAUAUUGUUGAGUGUGUCCCUGCUUUGAUGAAAUUAUUAGGCACUUGACACUAUUAGCCCUUCCACGGACAAAAUCUGUGGAUUUAGUCAGGUCAAAAAAAACUCUGAAAUAUAUUAACCCUAUAAGGUGGAAGUAGCUGUGAUAUGGGCAAAUCUGGACUUGAUGUAUGUUGAAAUUCUCAAAGUCCAAUCUACCCAUCCUUGUAUUACAUAGAAAGAUUACAAUCCACACCGCCUCACCGAGGAAGUUGAAAAAUCUUUUUGAUGCAAUUAAAACAAAAUUAUAACAAAGAGCUGCCAAAUAAGAAUUGUUGAUGUAGUGGUGGAGGUUGAUUUCUGCAGAGUGUAGGGGCACAUUGUGAAAUUUGGAUCUAAAUAACUACCCAGUGGAUUAUAUUUCUUAAUACAAAUUGGAAUCUUAUGAAGAAAUAGGAUUUUAAUAAUAGUCAAGAAUUUUGGUUGCUGCCCUCCUUCCUUGCAUUCUUAUCUCAAAUGCCAUGUAGUGUUUUGUGACUUGCAUGGAGUAUUCCAAAACGCUGUGCCCUUUGUCCCCCCUGUCAUCAAAUGCAGGUGAGACUUUUGGCCUUUGAAGUUCCAUUAAAUCUAAAUAUAGAUCUAAAUAAAAAUAAGUUAUUGAGUAAUUCUGUAAAUUAAGUGGUUUAAAAUGAAGCAGUGUCAGCAUAUAGCCAACUGUGUUGAGGCAAGCUGUGCCUUGUUAUCCAAAACUGAUGUAAUCUUGUAAAUGUUGACACUGUUCAAAAUUAUGAUGAUUCAAUGAUCAAAUUCACUAUCACACAGUGCCUCUACAGAUCUGUGGAGUUCAAAGGUCUUUUAUUGUCACGUGUACCAAUUAAGGUACAGUUUUAUCUCUCAUCAGUGUUAUUGUGUGUUAGGAGGAGGACCAGGAUUUCUGUUUGAAGUAAUAUUGGGUUCUUUCCUCAGUGUGUACAAUGAGAAGUUUGGUCCUGAUAAAUUGUCCAAUUUUCCUUCCUGGACGCCUAGUUACCUCAUAGAACUGUACGAUCCCUCUUUAAUUUUGGUGGCUCUUUUGUGAAAGAUUGGUGCAGUAACUCCAGAGUUUCCAAGUGCCAGACACCAGAGCAGUAAGACAAGAUUUUUACCUUUCACCUGCUUAUAUACCCUGGGCACAGAUUGGAGAUUCAGUGUUAACAGUACCUUUUACGUUAGUCACUGUCGAAGUAUCUCGUUAUGAACUGUUCUCCAGCUCUGAUUUUAUAAGCGGGAAGGAUUGAUGUUAAAGUUUGAAUUAGUACUGUAUUGGCUUACUAUUGUCAUGUAUACCGAGAUACAGUGAAAAACUUUGCCCAUGGUCCAAGCAAAUCAAACCAGACAUGAAUACAUCAGGUCGUACAAAUGAGGAAAAUAAACAAGAUUUCAGCAUAGAGUAUUGCAGCUAUAGAUAAAGUGCACAUCUUUUUGAAAAGUGCAAGGGCUGUAAUGAGAUAGAUUGAAACAUUGAGAACUCAGCCCUAACAAAUGAGAGGUCUAUUCAAGUUUGAUAACAGCAAAAGAAGCUGUUCUUGAAUAUGGCAUUUUCAAGCUUUAGUAUCUUCUGCCUGAUGGGAGAGGGAAUAAGAGGGAAUGACGGGGGUGUGAGCGUUCCUAUCUAUGAGUACUGUGUUUACAGACAUAUUAUGCUGCUGCAAGUAAGAAUUUAGUCGUUCUGUUUUUGGUACAUAUGUCAAUUUAAACCAACUCUUGGCUGCUUUCAAGGCAAAAGCAGGAAGUAAUGAAAGAUGUGAGAUAGAACACAUAACAAACUCAGUUGUCAAAGUCAACCAAGGUCAUUGAAGGUAGUUGUCAUUGAAGGGUUUAAGAUGAGGCCAUCUUGAGAGAAAAUUUGUGAUUUGAGUGGAUGAAAAUGGAACUGAUCAUCAAGAUUGGAUGAAAUGAAAACUUAAAAUUAUUUUUAAAGAAAUAUGAGGAAUGAAAUAUAAUUUUGGGCAUAACCUACAGAUUAUUCAUUCAUGUACAGAAAUGCUCUUAUUAGUUCAUGCACUGUGUUUUCUAUCAAAUAUUACUGUAUCAUAGAAUGGUUACAAUAUGGAAGGAAACUAUUUGACAUGCCAUUCAGGUUCUAUGCAAGAACAGUUCCACAAGUCUAAUUUCCACAUCCUCUCCCAACAGCCUCCAAAAUCUUUUGUUUUUGGAUACUUAUCCAGUCUGUUUGACUCUACUUAGUAGUGGCAGUAGUUUCAAAUGUAAUGUAUUCUAAAUCCAAACCACAUGCUAUAUAUAUAUUUUAAUCCUCAUGUCACUGUCCGUUUCUUUGACAAUCAGCGUCUUUCGGUGUUCCCCAGUUUUUUACCCCUUUGCCAAUGAGAACAGUUUAUUUUCCUUGAUUCAGUCUACAGCUUUCAAGGUGGUAAUUACCUGUACCACGUCUCGUAAGUAUCCUCCCCUUUUUCAUGUAGACUGCUCCAUCGUUAAGAUAAGCAAAACACAACGUACUGGAGGAACUCAGAGGUCUUCCAACACUUUGUGUUUUGCUCAGAAUACCAGCAUCUGCAGUUUCUUUAAUCCCCAUCUUCAUUAUGUCUUUCAUGCCGAGAAUCAGCUUGGUUAAUCUGUCCUCCAUCCUCUCUCUGAAACUUUCUCACCUGACACCAGGAAUUCAAUAUAGUACUCCAAUUGUAGCCACACAUGGUUCAUUAUGCCUUUCUUGUUCUUUGACUCCAUUGCUGAUUUGUAUAAAGCCCAGGAUGGACAUAGAACAUAGAUCAGUUAAAAAAUAACCACUGGAUCUGUAAAAUUGCAAUAUAACAUCAAACAGUUCAGCACAAGAGCAGUCCCUUCGACCCACAAUGUCUGUGCUGAACAUGUUGCCAAGAACAGCACUUAUUUAUCUGUACAUAACUCAUAUCUGUCCAUUGUCUGCUUAUCCAUAUGCCUCUCUAAAAAUCUUUUAAAUGUAUCAGCUUCAACCAACACGUCAGCACGUUCCAGGCACCCUCUGUGUGUAAAAAAAAACCUUAUCCUUUAAACGUUGCCCAUCUCAUCCUAAAGCUAUGCCCUUUAGUAUUUUAUUUUUCCAUCCUGGGAAAAAGGUUCUGACUGUCUACCCCAUCUAUGCCUCUCGUGAUUUUAUAUAUCUUGUAUAAUUUUGACCACCUUCUUAAUGUAACUUCAUUUUCAGUGAAGGAUGCACAUAGUCUCCCCCCUCCCCCUUCAGAUGGCUCUGUUCUUGUGCUCUUUUAAAAUUGUACACCCUCUCCUUCCUACCAAAAUAUAACUUCAUAUUUCUCGCCAUUUGAUUUCAUUUGUCUCCUGUUUGCACAUUGUACCAGCUGUCUAAUCUCCUUGAUCUUCCUUGAAGUAGUGUCGGUGAAAUUAUGUUGAAAGCAAAAGAUGAAUGGAAAAGCUUGAAGGGAGGUUUCAUUACUGUAGUUGGCGGUGUUUGGAAGAUUUAAUAGGCGAUCAUGUUGAGACAUCCAAUGUAAGAAUAGAAUCUAAUAAUCAGUAGUCAAAGCAAUAGAGUUCCCAAUUUCCUUGUGUUCCACUUCACUAGCUUCCACUUUCAAAAGAUCAUACUUCAUGAUAUUGUCACCUCCAGUAUAAUACAUUGCUUAGUGCGCUUUCUUUGGAAGACUGAAGAGCUGAAACCUUUUCUCUUGCCGUGAACAUUUUCCCCAUUUUUUUGUUUCAGUGUGAGGUUUGGAAGGACGUGAUUUUCUUAUUCCUGAUGUCUGUCCUUUACCCUAUAAAUUACUUUACCUGCUCAUCCACCCGGUUCAAACCUAACAGGGAUAUAGCUUCAGAGUGAUCUUGGUCCAUACUAAUGACCCUGAUGGUUGGACAAUCAGCCACUUAAGGGCCUGUCCCACUUAGGCAAUUUUUUAACGCGACUACAGGCGACUAAGCUGUCGCUGGGGUGUUGCCUGUAUGGUCGUGAGUAGUCUCCUCAGUCGCCCAAACAGUCGUAGCGUCUUUCUGGCCGCCGCAGGAGUUUCAACAUGUUGAAAAAUCACAAAGGAUGCCGUUGUGGCCCAUUACCAGUUCAAUGCCUCAGUUUUGUCCUUGGAAUCUUGGCUCUCCCAGUGGGAUUAUGAUCAACACCUCUAUUUAAAAAGAUGGAACAUGUUGCAUCCCAAUAAACCAACUUGAAUUUCUGUCAGUAAUUUAGUGCAACGGAAGUGACAUGUUGAAAUGAAAU